AUAUAUAUAUAUUUUAGUGUCAGUGAGUUUGAAAAAUAUUAAAUAUUUAAUUUAAUUUGCUGUCAUUGUUUGUUUUUUAAAUUAAUUUUUUUGUUUAUUAUAAAUUAAAUUUUUAUUUAUGAGCCAAAUUUAAAAAUAACGCGGGCGAAUCAGCUGAGACUUUGCUGUCAAUGAAGAAUGGCGGUUACCCAGCGGUCGACGAGAUAAAACAAGAGACACGUGAUUUCGAGGAUGACGAGAUGGACAUUGACGAGCAUUCUUAUAUGAACAAUUCCAUGGACAUGGACGACGAAGACUCGGAGCCAAUGCCCGAAUUAGGGCCUGCUGCUCUGGGUCUCCAGCGAGUUGGGACAAAACCACCGCCUAAAAAAUCAAACCCUCCGCAGCCUGUCCAGGUUUUGAACAGACGAGGAAUGCCUGCCAGGAUCAGGAAAAAGAAUAAAUUAUUUUACGAUGAUAUCCUGGUUAAUCAUCCUCACCACAGAAUUAAAAAAGAACCAGGAACACCAGAAGUAAAACCCUCACCACGGAAAAUGUUGAAACCAUCUCCAGCUAAAAAACUUCUCAAGAGUCCGGCAUCCGAGGAAAAGAAGAAACCGGAGCGCGAAAAACCUUCACUGCCUCCACCUCCAACUCCACCACCGCCGCCUCCACCAGCUCCAGCAACGCGUACGCCAUCAUCGGCUAAAAAAGACAAAGACAAAGACAAGGAAAAAGAUAAAGACAAGGAUAAGGACAAGGACAAGGACAAGGACAAGGAUAAGGAUAAAGAAAAAGAAAAAGACAAGGAGCGAGAAAAUGCCAAGGAACUUGAGAACAAAACAGUGAGACCAAGUUCUCCAGAUCGUAGAGUUGGUCAGAAAAUAGGAAUGAGGCUGCGUAAUUUGCUGAAACUUCCUAAAGCUCACAAGUGGGUCUGCUACGAGUGGUUCUACAGCAACAUCGACAAGACAUUAUUCGAAGGCGACAAUGAUUUUAUGAUUUGUUUGAAAGAAUCAUUUCCGCAAUUGAAGUCACGUAAGCUGACGCGCGUCGAGUGGUGCAAGAUCAGGAGGAUGAUGGGAAAGCCACGGCGUUGCUCCCAGUCGUUUUUUGAAGAGGAGAGACGAGAAUUGGAACGUAAGAGACAAAAAAUACGAAUGUUACAGCAACGUAAGACCGCUGACGUUAACAGUUUCAAGGAUUUGCCCUCCGAGAUUCCGCUGCAGCUGGUGAUUGGCCAGAAAGUCACCGCGAGAUUGAGGAAACCUCAGGACGGUUUGUUCACUGGAAGCAUCGACGCCGUUGAUACCAGCAACAACACUUACAGAAUAACGUUCGAACGUGCUGGCUUAGGUACGCACAGUGUACCUGACUACGAAGUAUUAUCCAAUGAACCACCAGAGACAAUAAGCGUGGCUUCAUUUGCCCAAAAAUUCCGACCACGGCACGUCCAAUAUGUGCCGUCACCGCCUUAUGCCUUGAAGUUGCGCUCGCCGCGUAUCAACAAUGAUCCGCUGAUCUCCAACGCUGCUAUUUCUUCAGCUAAAAAAUCACAACUCGGUGGUGUCAUAAAUGGCUACCCAAUGCGACUUCUAGACAACAUUGUCCGGGUCACUAAAAUAUUAAACGCCAAGAAACAGAGAAUCCAGAAGAUCCGGGAUAUGAAUACUGCCGCGGAAAAGAGCAAAUCAUUUGGCGAUGAAUUGCCGCCAGAUUUUGAACGCAAGUACGCGGCUAUUGUAGUCGAGUUGGAAAAAAUGAACGCUACUUUGCAGGAUUAUUUGAAUGACGUGCAAGAAUUAUGUCAAGAAAUAGCUCCGGAACCGAGUAUCGCUGCUAUGCUGGCGCCGAGUCAUUUACGCGAGAGAUGCAGACAAGAAGCUGCUGAUAUGGUAGCGCGUAAUAAUAUUAUCAAUGACAAAGGCCCGUCGAAAAUGAAUCAACUUGUCACUGACUUGACUGCUCUGAUGCUUCAAGUUAAGUCACUAUCAGACUCCGACCGCAACGCCUACGAACUGAAAGUACUGCAAGGAACAAUGGAACAAAUCAGAUCAAAAUUGAAUCCAAAAAAUCAACAAGUAUUUCAAAAUUGUGUUGAAAUUCAUAUGAAACACAUUCAACUUGGUCUGGGACAAAUGGGCGCGCUGACGCCAUUCAUGGCGCCCAAAGCCUAAUUUAUUUAUUUUUUCGCUUCAUAUUUUAUUUAAUUAAAAAAAAAAUUUAUUUGUUUACUGAUCAAGUUGUUAUUAAUUGCCAACAAUUUGAGCGGCUGUUUAUAAUGAUGAUGUAAAAAGUUUAUCGAUAUAAAUUAAUAAUACUUGUAAUUUUAAUAAUGAUUAUUAUUAUAAUUAUUAUUGUUUAAAUUAAUAAAUUUUAAUCGAGAUUUGAAUUACUGUGGUUGAUUGCAGCUUCAAUAAUUAUUUAAAGUAAAUCGAUAAUUUUUUCUUCAUUGUUACUGAUAAGUUUAGCAAUAAGAUACACUAAUUAU